AUGACCUCGAGAACAGGCCGUCUGGCUGCGGCGGCCGCCGUGAUGCUGGCGUUGGCGGCCCUUCCGGCCGCCGCGCAGGACGGCGUGCGGCUGGUCGAAGCCGCAGCGGAUCAGGACCGGGCGGCCGUCCGGGCGCUACUCGACGCAGGCGUUGACGCCAACGCUGCACGGGCGGACGGCGUGACGGCCCUUGUCUACGCCGCGCAUUGGAACGACCUCGAGUCGGUCGACCUCCUGCUGAGGGCCGGCGCGCAUGUAAAUGCCGCCGAUGACCACGGCGUGACGGCACUUGCGCGGGCCUGCGAGAACGCCAGCCCGGAAAUGGUCGAACGCUUGCUCAAUGCCGGCGCCGACCCUGACGCGGCGCAGACGAGCGGCUUGACGCCGCUGAUGACCGCGGUCGAGACCGGCAACGUCGAGGUCGUCAGGCUGCUGCUGGCGCGCGGCGCCGACGUCAAUGCCGCAACGGUCGCGACGAACAACACCGCGCUGAUGUGGGCGGUUGCGGGGCGGCACACCGACAUCGUCCACCGCUUGAUCGAGCACGGCGCCGACCUGGACGUCUCGACCGCCAAGGGAUUCACGCUCCUGAUGAUCGCCGCCCGCAACGGCGACAUCGAGAUGGCCCGCACGCUGCUGGCGGCCGGUGUCGACAUCAACGCCGCCGGUGCGGACGGCGCGCACGUUCUGCCGUACGCCAUCGUCAUCGGGCAGGCGGAGUUCGCGCGCUUCCUGCUCGAGGCGGGCGCCGACCCGAACGCGCGGGUGUCGGGCGUGACCGCGUUGCACGCCGCGACCGGACACAUGAUGUUCUGGCUGGCCGAGUGGAGCCAGAAGCACGGCGCGGCGAGUCGGGGCCGCGGUCUGGCGGAGAGCGAGCGGAUUCCGCUGGUCGAGGCGCUCCUCGCCCGUGGGGGCCGACCCGAACGCGCGGAUCACGAGUUCGGCGGUCUUCGAGGAGUAUCUCGG